AUGGCCGACGAAGGAGUUGGUGAGAAGAAGGCGGUGUUCUGUGUAGGUUCGAAGAAGGAAGAUACCGUCAUGGCUGUCGUUGCCAAGACCACGGUGACCCAGCACUCUCCCCCAGACAGCAUGGUCUUUCCCAAUGCGGACACUGAAAUUAUCAGGGGCAACGAGCUUGUCCGUCCUCCGUACGAUUGCCAGGAAUGCAUGCAGGUUCUCAUAUAAAUUGUUCUACAUCACGUCGGCGCUGGUUAUUGGGGGAAGGGAGGCGUGAGCGCUUAUGAUCGUGGCGAAUGUCACGCCCCGAAGAGGCGGGCGCGGAGUCGUGAGGUGGUCGUUCGUGUCUUACGACAGACAAGGCUGUCGUCUCACAAUGUCAUUCCGGAUGGUAAAGCGACGCCAACGUCGCACCGCUCUGCCUUUCAACAACUGUUCUAGCCGGAACUCACCUCCUCCAGAUGGCCUUGUUUAGAGAAUUGUGUCUUGCUGAGGGCAGUGAUGUCCACCCUACGGUCCGUCAGUUCUGGGGCGACUAGCACUAUCUUCCUUUGCGGCCGAUCGCUCUGAGGGCUGUCUAGAGAAUAACGAACAUCCCAGGCUGCCACAGUGACCAGAGUUACUUAGGCAGCCUAUGAGACGAGACGGGGAUCUGGGGAGGGGGUAUGUUGUUUGUUUGAUUGUUUCGACCGUGAGUUGUACACAUUGGAGCCACGGUCUGCGUGCAAAUAACGUGAUCUCAGUAUUGCGGACGUCUUUCCUAGCCCUUACCCUUCACAAUGGAGUGAGCAGUACUGUCCCUACAUCCCAGACGACUGCCGAGAUCCGCUAUUGGUCGCGACUUUCUAGGGGUUGGGCUGCCCGAGUUAGCAGGAGUCGCCUACAGGAUUGCCUGUUGCCCUCAGUGAAGGGCUUCUUGAGGUGAAAGGAUAAAACGGGGAGGUAUGGGAAUGGGAGCAAAAUUACCAGGUGUGUGGGGGGGGGGGACACAACACCUGUACCCUCAUCUGGUUAAGCCCCCCGGUCCAGGAGGUUACCAGGGUGUGGCUGAUUAAUUGAGUCUAGCUUAGGCAAUUACUGAUGAGUGCUGUGUGCCAGUUAAGGACAGUCAGCAGGCCUCAACAUUUUUAUGGUAUCACCUACCAUCCCUGCACGGCUUUCUCCCUAACUAGACAACCCUAGACUAGAUUAAAUAACACACGGUACGGCUAUACAGACAAAGUGCUUACUAAAUUUCUCAGUCUAUCAAAAGUUAGUACGAAAUCAAGCAUCAGGCAAAAUGAAUGGAAAAUUCAGCCUUUUCAAGAUGGGAUCAUUGACGACAAUUUGCUAGUCAGUGAAGAAAAUCAGGCAAGGUACAUCCUGACGUCCUUUUGCAGCUUCAGUUGGCUAGGAUAAAUUUUUCGUUGAAAUUUCCAAAACACUCUUAAAUGUCCGUUUUUGCAGAAGCUGGAGUCCACGAAUUACAGACCACCAAACCUUCUGAGUGAAGGGGAUGAGUCGCUCCUUGGUUUAGUCAAAGACGUAGCUAGCCACCAAGAGGUACUUAUUGCUGGGGACUUCAACGCACCUGCAAUAGAGUGGGAAACUAUGGCAGUUAACGGUGGACCAGCCUCUUUCAACAAUAAGCUACUGGACCUCACACUCGAUCUCCCUCUGGCGCAACAUGUGAAGGUACCAACAAGAUUUCGAGAGAACCAGAGAGCGAAUUGUCUAGACCUAGUUUUCACUAAAGACUUCUCUAAUAUCGACGAAGUGUAUUCCAAUGCACCUCUCGGGAAAAGUGCCCAUACUACGCUACUAUGGGAUUACUCGCUCUUCUCUAAACGCCAGAAGAGAACAGAGGGCCAACCUAAUAUAUGGAAGGCAGAUUUUAAUACGAUGAGGAACGAAUUCCUGUCCGUGAAUUGGGACCAAUUACUCAGAGGAGAUCCGGAGGACGACUGGAGAUCUUUUAAGACGAUUUCACUCGAUUUGAUUCGGCGCUGUUGUCCACCUAAAGUACAAAAAACAACUAGUCGAUCCGCUUGGUUAACUAGGGACCUAAAAAGGCAGCUACGGAAGAAAAGCAAAAGGUGGAAAAUAUUCAGGGAAACUGCGUCACCAGCGCAUUUCGAAGAAUUUCGUCGUCAACGAAAUGGCGUCAAAAAAUGUAUCCGUCAGGCACGGAAUGAGUAUGAAUCCAAAAUUAUCCGACAGGCUGAACAGAAGCCUAAGAUUUUAUUUCACUAUCUUAACAGUAGACUGAAAAAUAAGGACCCGGUCGCGGUUCUGAAGGAUGAUAAUGGUGUAGAGAUCACUGAGAACAGCGAGAAAGCCGAACACUUAGGACAGCAUAUUGCCUCGGUUUUUACUAGAGAAACAGAGUUUCGCAGUCGCAGUGCUAGCAAUGCUUUUGAGACUGCUGGUCCCGUGCUUGACUCCAUACUCUUCCCGACAGCUGUCGUGGAAAGGGAGCUGAAAAAUCUGAAGGAAGCAAAGUCCUCGGGUCCGGACAAUAUACCGGCCGAAUUCUUGAAAGAACUGGCGAAUGAACUCUCCAAACCACUGGCGCACACCUUCCGCUCGUCAUUCGAAUUAGGGAGGCUGCCAUCGGAAUGGAAGACAGCAAAUAUCUUUCCGAUAUACAAGGGCGGGGCUCGCACUAAUGCUAACAAUUACCGGCCUGUUAGUCUAACCUGUAUCUGCUGUAACAUAAUGGAGGCCAUAUUUAAGAAAACAACAAUGAAGUUCCUGGAGCAGGGCCAUUUAAUCUCAGACCUGCAGCACGGCUUCAGACAGAACCGCUUGUGCCUUUCCAGUUUAUUGCUCUCGACGGAGCAAUGGACUCGGGCACUGGACGAGGAUGGUAGGGUCGAUGCCACCUACACAGACUUUAAGAAAGCGUUCGACAGCGUCCCACACAAACGCCUAAUCUACAAACUUUCUGAAAUUGGGAUGAGAGGAAGGCUGCUGACAUGGAUAACAGAUUUUCUUACCGGGAGAUCGCUAACCGUGUGCAUUGAGACCUCAAGGUCAACUCCUACCCCCGUUCUAAGUGGUGUACCCCAGGGCUCCGUCUUAGGGCUGUUGCUAUUCCUGGUUUACAUUAACAACUGCGUCGACGACCUGGGAUGCAGCGCCAUCAUGUUUGCUGACGAUUUUAAGCUGUGGAGACCCAUCAGAUCUGACGCAGACAGGUACGCGCUUCAAGACAGUCUCAACCGUCUGAAGAGUUGGUCAGCUCGCUGGCUCCUCAAUUUUAAUGUGGAUAAAUGUGUGGUCCUGAGACUCCGCACCAAAAAGACCACUAAGGAGGACGAUUCCUUUCAAUACGUCCUGGUUGGCAGUCCCUUUCAAAUCUUGUGGAAGAGAAAGGCCUCGGCGUCCUAA